GAACAUCCUUUUAGCUUCCGCCUCGUUUUCGGUCUGGCGGCAACAAUAGACAGACAGAGAGCGAGAGCGAGGGACGAAGAAACUGCAGCUUCUAUUUAGGGUUUUUCGUCUCAUAGAUCAAACUCUUCUUCUCUCUCUCCGUCUUUCGCUCCCCCGAUCGUUUAGUUUAUAAAAUUUAAGUUGCCCAGCCCCAGUGGAGCAGUAGUAUAGAGACCAUGGGAGUGGAUUUAGCAACUGAAAGGGCAGGAUUUGCUGAAAUGGAGGGUGUUAAUUUCACUGAUUCAGAAUUGGUAUAUCACGUCCGAGAUGCCCUCAGAUCAGUCACCCUGGGUGACGGUGACAGUUAUAAUCAGCUAAUUGGGGUUAUCCACCACAGAGAAUAUCUUACCCCAGAUGAGGUGGCACUUCUUGUGACAAGUCUAAAGGCAUUGUCAGGAGCAGUAUCUUAUAUUGAUAGUGUUAACCACGACUCUCUUCUUUCUGCUAUAUUUCGAAUGAGCAUGUGGGACUACGGGCCUGAUGUGAUGGAUGCAUUGGUUGAGCUGAUAAUAUCUUUGGCUGCAUCAAGUGGUAAAUAUGUUGAUUCAUGCUUGGACAUGCUUGUAAGCAAUUUCAUGCCUGCACAUUCUUUCCUAGAAUUGCUGAAGCAGCCACGUGGUCUUGCAAGAAAGGGCCAAGUUCUUUAUCGGCUGCAUUCCGCGCUGAAAGGCAUUUCUGAUUUAGUGCCUCUUGCACCUUUAAGACUAUUGCCAAUAGUUAUUCAGAAAAUGCCGAACGUUUUUAGCAAGGAACCUUUGAUUGCGUUAUAUGUGGAGAACAUGUUAAUAUUGGAGAGUGGUGCUAUGGGAGAACUUGUUGGGAGCAUGAUGCAUAUUGCAGUGGUGGAUAGGCUGAUAGAUUUGGAUGUGGAGAUAGAAUGGGAAGAUAUUUUGCAAGAUGAUUCUAGUAAAGGCAUAUUUCAGAUGGAGCUAGAAGAUGUGGAAGAGACCGUAGAUGAUGACUGUGAUGAGCUUCCAAGAGAAUUUUCAAAUGGGAAGAGUUUUCGGGGAAAUGUAUUUGCUGAAAAAUUAGAUAGCUUAUUGGUGCUUAUGUUUGAGCAUCUCAAAUCUUGUAAUGAUGAUGGUCGUUUAGUUAAGGUGUUUGAAACGCUCCUCCAGUCAUUUGAGAUAACUGUCUUGAAUGCUUACAAGUCAAAAUUCACUCAGUUUGUGAUGUUCUAUGCCUGUGCACUAGAUCCUGAUAAUUGUGGCAUGAAAUUCGCCGAUAUUCUUUCAGAUAUUUUUAUGGGCAGUACAUUUUCCCCUCUUAAGAGGAUGAGUGCCGUUGCCUAUCUUGCAAGCUAUUUAUCCCGUGCAAAGUUUUUGUCAGUCUCUUUUGUUGUUAAGAUCUUGCAAAGGCUGGUCAGUUGGUGUUGGACAUAUAGUGAAAAUCAUGAUGGCGACAUCAAUGCAAAUGCUCACAGAGUUUUUUAUUCUGGAUGCCAGGCCAUCAUGUAUGUGCUUUGCUUCCGUAUGCGAUCAGUGAUGGAUGUUCCUCGUCUAAAAUCUCAACUUUUUCUUAUGCCUAUUGAGGCAAUCUUGAAGCAUCCAUUGAAUCCGCUGAAGGUGUGCUUGCCAUCCAUAGUAGAGGAAUUUCUCCGGCAGGCAAAAGCAGCCCGUUUAUUCACAGUGUCGGAGGUCUUUGUCUUUAAUGAUAUGUUGGAAUCAGAACUUUCCAGAGCUUUUGGUGGGAUGGAAAGGCUUGACAUGUUCUUCCCAUUUGACCCAUGUUUGUUGAAAAAAUCGGACAGAUUUAUCCGGCCAAACUUUGUAUACUGGUCAAUGGUCAGAACAACUUAUGAUGACGAUGAAGAAGAAGGUAGCAGUGAUGAAGAUGUUGUCGAGCAAUUUAUGGGUGGAAGUGGGGAGAACAUAGCAGCAGGUGAUGCAAUGGUUGGGAGUUUUGAGGAACAUGAUCUUGAUCUCGAUGAAUUCGACUAUUCUUUGAACAAAAUGUCCAUCACACCCAAGAAUUCAUUGAACUAUCGGUUUGGAGGUGGAUUACAUGGUGGUAUGCAAAUGCCCUCGAGAAUUAGGCCCUCCACGAGUCCAGAAUCCUUGUGAUCCCCAAAUGUUCUUACCUUACCCUCCUUGUUCCAGAAGACUAGGGCAAUGGGGAAUUUGCUUUAUUGUGAUGGGGGGAAGACACUACAUAAUCAAAUAUCAAGCGUUAUAAUUUGUCGAUUAAUUGUGCUCCUCUUCAGAGAUACAAGAGGCUGGGCUUAGGUGUGAAAGAUCUAUGCCGUUUGAGUUUUGCCAUUAUAAUUUGGAAGAAUUUUGUAGCAGUCUCCAGCAGUGAUGUUGGUAAUUUUUUGUAAUUUCAUUUUUUUUUUGGCUUUGGGUUUUAGUUUAUAUUGUUACACUAGAGCAAAUCAAUGUAUUAUUUGUUAAGACAAUUGAUGAGUUCACAACUAAUACAAUUAUUGUUUUUUCCUUGUUAUGGAUGUGUUGAAUUCAGUACCCUAA